ACAGAAACGCACAAAAGUGCCUUUGCAUAAUAUUCCAUUACAGUACUGUUAUGGUCACUGGUUUUGAGUUCAAGGAGUUGAUGGCUCUGGGGAAAAAGCUGUCCUUGAAUCUGGUCGUCCGUGUUUUGUGGGACCUGUACCGCCUGCCACAGGGCAGCAGGUUAAACAGGUGAUGACCAGGAUGUGAAAAGUCCUUCACAACAUUAGUGGUUCUGCUGUGAUAGCGGGAGUUGCCAAUGUCCUCGAGGGAGGGCAGAGAGCAGCCAGUGAUUUUCUAAUAAUCAUCAAAACCACCAUCAUGACGCCGUUACAUUUAUUUUCCUGGAAUAAAACAGACAAAGCUACGUGUUGGUUUUCCGGUACUUUUUCAAGUCAGCGGUGAGGUCACGAGUUUUUGAUGCAACAAUAAAAUAUGCCCCCCGCGUGUCUGCAGGUCCGCACGCUGCGCCGUUCUCCUUCCCGAUUUCUGAUGGCCUGCAACAGGGGCUCUGUGGCUUUGGUACUGGCGGGCAGCGCAGCCUCGGCGUUCUACUUGGCCCUCUAUGGCCUCUGUCUUCCGGGCCCUGCGAGACCUCCUCCUCCUCCUGUACCGUCCAGCUGCCCUGUUGUGUCCCCAUUGCUCGUUGGGCCUCGGCCUAUCCAGCUAUCCUUGCUUCCGCCGACGUUGGAAGAGAUCAGAAACAGGAGUGCAUCGGCGCUGUUGCCGGGGGGACUCUACAGCCCAGCGGACUGCCAACCUCAUUGCCGCACCGCCGUCGUCAUCCCGUACCGUGACCGCCCGAUGCAUCUGCGUACUCUCCUGGACUCCCUGCAUCCGUUCCUGCAGAGGCAACAGAUCCGCUACAGAAUCUACAUCGUUCAGCAGUGGGGGAACGCGACCUUCAACCGAGGGAAACUGCUGAACGUUGGUGUGCAGGAAGCUCUCCGAGACGAAGACUGGAGCUGCCUCGUCCUCCACGACAUCGACCUGCUGCCCGAGGACGACCGCAACGCCUACACCUGCCGACAGGACCAUCCCACACACAUGGCUGUGGCCGUCGACAAGUUUGGUUACAGGCUGCCGUACGCUCAGAUUUUUGGCGGUGUUGUCGCACUGACUCCAGACCAGUUCAGGAAGACCAACGGCUUCUCCAACCAGUUUUGGGGCUGGGGCGGAGAGGACGACGAUUUGGGGAAGAGAGUGGUUCUGUCUGGCAUGAAGAUUGUGCGCCCCCCUGUGGCCUUCGCUCGCUACAAAAUGAUCAAGCACGGAAGAGACCGAGGGAAUGACCCAAACCCGCAGAGGUUUGACCUCCUGCAAAUGACCGGAAGCAAGUGGCGCUCAGAUGGACUCAACUCCCUGACCUACGAACUAGUCUCCAAAGACCUCCGACCUCUCUACACUAACCUCACGGUCGACAUCGGAGAGAAGCCGUAAUUCUGCCCAAAUGGUGAAAUGUUGCCACUUGAGGGCGAAAGUGAACAGCAUCAUUUGCACAAUGCAAUAUUGAUAAAUUAUCCAUCCAUCCGCCGCUUAUCCACACAAGGGUCGCGGAGGUGGCGGAGCCAAUCCCAGGUGUCAUCGGGCAGGAGGCGGGGUACACCGUGAACGGGCUGCCAGUCAAUCGCAGGGCACGUGGAGACAGACAACAGUCGCACUCUCAAGCACACCGACGGGGCAAUUUAGGGCGUCUAAUUAAUGUUGCAAGUUUUUGGGAUGUGGGAGGAAACCGGAGUGCCCGGAGAAAACCCACGCAGGCACGGGGAGAACAUGCAAACUCCACACCGGUGGGUCCGGGAUUGAACCCGGGUCCUCAGAACUGUGAGGUCAGCUGUGCUACCCUGCCGCCUCCUCAUUGAAUAUGAUUAUUAUAAUUUUGGUACAGAUUUGAGUAACAAUUGCGGACACUGACGCACAUGAUUUACGUUUGCGCAGGACAUAAAAUGAGGCCUUGAGUUCAAUACCGAUAGUGUCAAAAAAAAUUUGAAACAAAAGAUGCCAGCAGAGAGCCAGAACAGACGAAAAAAGCAUUCCACGGUAAGGCUUGGUCUGCGUUUAAACGCCACGAAUAGUCGGAAGGAAGCAACGUUUAGAAAUAUUUCAGAGCACCAGGAGGGGGAAAAAAAAAAAAAAAAAAAAAGACCUCCACCCAUUUUUCAUUUUUGGUCUUCGAGGCCAGUGUCAAAAAUGAAAGAUGGCGCCUCUGCUACGAUUUGGAUCAUGGAUUUACUCCAAAUUAUACAAUAAGCAUAUUAGAAGAAACAAUUAACAUUUACAUCACUUUUUUUUUUUUCCCCCAUCUAGUUCAUGGCGUCGUCCGCCUGUGACCCAAAGUUAGUUGGGAUCGAUUCCAACAAGCGCACAUGACAAACUCGUCACAAAUGACCCGAAUACCAGGAAACUGACCUGGAGGUCAAAAAAAAAAAAAAAAAGAAAUAUAACCACACAAGUACCAUAAUAUUAUGGUCAUUCUCCCAAAUUUCAACAAGUGCAAGUUGACGAUUGUUUUUACAGUAUUUUGUUUUUUAUUAUUAUUAUUAUUUCAAAGCUGAAAAUUGUGACAGUAAUUUUUUUUCUUCUGUACAACAUUAAGAGGAAAGUCAUGAAAAAUUUGUUUUCUCCAAAAGGCAGCGAACGUCCUUCACGGUUCUACCCGCGUACGAAGAUAACCGACCACAUAAAACAUUUUAAUAAUUCGUCGUCUUGUCUUUAUUGCAAUAGAACAUACGUCAUAUGUAUAUUUAUACCUUACAAAAUGUGAAAUUUGUACACUACAAUCUUGUUAUUGUAACGUGGUAGAAAAGACUGCAAAAACAGCACUAAAAACAGUUACCAAACAAUGAUGAAUACAUUUGUCGUCUUGUUUUUAGUUGGCAGAGAACAGAGAUGAUGCUGCCCAUGUCAAAACGUUUAAAAUGUCGCUUCAAAGAAAAACACUGACCACUUGCUCAAUGGAUUUCUGGAACGAUUCACAAAUUUUUGUUCUUCAUCUUCCGGUUCUAAAUGUUUACCACCAAUUUACACACUGCAAUAAAAUGACAUCUGCUUGAAAAAGUGCUCCCUCCUGCGCUAUUUUUGUGUUUCCACGCAAUUUCAAGAUGAGGCGUUAUGUUGAUCUUUUGUCGAUACCAACGCCCCCGUUUGCACUCCACGUGAGCGCUAGAAGCGAGGGGGCGAGGUGACGCGAGGCAACCCACAACGAUUGUCCUCUUCAACACACCCCCACUCAAAGUUUGGAUACGGGUCGCCGAAUAGCAUCAUUGCUCAAGCCAUUUUUUUAUUUUUUUAACUUUACUUUCUUUUUACAUUUUUAGCAUACAACAACCUCCCCCCAUUCUAUCCAUGUAGAAAAUCAAAAGCAUCACGGUCAUGCUAAUUAAUGAAUGUGUUUUUGUUGGUUGACUCCUCCCCCCAACACUUCAAAAAAUAUUACAAAAUGAUUUAGGCAGUUUUUCCUCAACGUGUGGUGCGAGUUAUCUAGCGGUAUGAGGGCUCCCUCUAGUGGUAUGCAAAAGCGUUGCUGAAUCCAAUACAAAUUUAAAACCUGAACUAGAUCCAACCAUAAUGGACCUUUCCGACCUGUCAAUCACUCGUACAACAAUAGCCAAUCAGAUGGCCGCGUUGUCUUGACACGCCCCUGCCGCCAUGUUGUUCCACAAGCAAUGCUGGUUGCCAGUAGUGUGCGCUUGGAAAAGUUUGUUACGAAGAAAAUACUUAUGAAAGAUAUCCUGCUAGCUUACAAGGGUCCCGCUUGAUUCAUUUUCCAAAGCCUAAAACACAGUUGACCAAAUGUCUAUGAUGAUGAUUUUAAUUCCGUGUACAUAUCCUUGCGUGAAAUAGUUGAAAGCUCUUUGGAGAACUCUCUUGGACAAGUCCGACGCAUUUGGCAAAAGAUAUACCCCAAUAUUAUCUAGAAUACGCGAUAGAGAAUCAACUUCAAAGAUGUUCCGUUCAAUUGGCAUUUUGGAAGCCUGUGGGACAUGGCUAAGGGGGCGGAGCUUAAACUCGCCAUCGGAAAGGGCCAUGAGAACGAAGCUUGUGGCUAUUUACUUUCAAAAAUAGUGCAGUUCAAUUGUACUUAACUUCUACGUACUAUAUGUUUUUUAAGAACAAUAUUGAUUGAACUUAUUGUGUUUCAUAUUCUCACUGUGCAUAUUGUUGCAGCGGCUUUUUAGGAACACAAGCUCUCAUUUUUGCUGAACACUUUACUGCAGUUGUGACUUAUGAAAUGAUUUACAAAGCAAAAUAUUUCUUUAGGUGGUACUUGGUGUAAAAAUCUUGGCUUAGGCUAACGAUACACUUCAGCGAGUUAGCUUAGAAGCGGUUUAGUCAUCUUUCGGAACGCCAAAGCUGCGUUCAACAUACCACAGGACAAUAAAAUCUUUUCCAUAAAAAUCUCACUUCCUAUUCUCACCCCCUCCCCCUUUACUUAGAAACAAAAAAUAGUAAUGACAUUUAUUCAAGAUCAUGUGAAAAUAAGUGCUAAAAUAUAAUUGAGUAUUUUCCCAGCUCCAAUCGUUCGACAUCUCGUACGAGAUGGACGAGCCAACUCGCGUUAUCGCCGACCUCCCCUCCGACCGGGUCGCGAUCGAGGUUUCUUGCCGUUCGCCAAAGUGCU